AACAAAAUCAACCAAGAUGGAAUCCAACAAUUCAAGCAAAAACACCCGCGAGCGACGCCGAGGUUGCGACGAAGCCCAGGUAGUCCUAGACUAUAUCGACGAAGAACUCUCCAGCUGGCGAGGCAAAUGGCCGGUGGACGCCUGGUCGUCCACCGAGCUGCUCAACGAUUUUGCCCGCUUCUGGGCCAUGAGGACGUUCGAGCCGUCCGGGGAAACCCGCCUGGAAGCGCUGAACGAGGACGGGGAGAAGAUUGUGUCUUGGGCGACGGCACGCGGCCACUGGCCGAUUUUGGACUUUUUGGUCGCUAUUUGAGCCGCCGAGCUCGCAAUUCCUUUUACCUACCUAUCCCUUAUAUAUAUCUGUUACUUUUUGUUUUGUGUUGCCUUGCUGUGUGCUUGGACAUGGAUGGCUUUGUGCUUGCACUUGGACGAUACCCUUCAAGAUCUCCAAUUACCCCAAACGGCAUAGUGUCUCUGCUAAUCUCUGGGCAAAAACAGGACCUCACGACCGACCGCUCGCUCCUCCACCGCCACACCACCAUCGCCAUCCACGCCCCCGACACCAAAAUGAUGCCCUCGACCCCUUUCUUGCCACCUAACGGGGCGGGCGACGAGAAAGCCCACUUCCACCGCCUCAUGCUCCUCGUCCACUCCCCUCUCUGGCUCUCCACUGUCGCCGUGGUUGUCCUCACCUCCUCCCUGACGACAUGGACUACAAACGCCCACUACCUCACCUUCUCCCUCCUCGUUGCCUCGCCCCCCUUUCUUCUACCCCUCUUCUUCCCCUUUCGCCCCGGGCCCGCUGCCAUCGACAAUGCCCCCUCCAGCGGACCGUCUUCUCACCAUUACACCUCAUCCUACGCCCUCAAAUUCAACGUGUAUAUCGCCCUGCUCGUCUUCUUCGGCACCUACUUUGGCACAGCCUACUUCUUCCAACUAAUGUCCAUGAGAUACACCUUCCCGGGCUUCCUCCCAACCUUUGACAGCGACGUCCUCCGCCGCGAGGUCACGCACACCGUCCCCGCAUUCCUCUACCCCCUAACCCACGCCUACUUCAUCAGUUAUUACUCUCUUUUGUUGGUUUUGUACGAGUACAUCUCCCCAAGAAGACCCCUCGCAAAGUUGGGGACAGUCCUCGCCCUAAGUUACAUGCUGGCGUUUGCGGAGACGUGGUUCAUGGCUUCGGAUUUGAUGACGGAGUGGUUCGCCUAUGGUGAUCGAUCCAAAAUGUUGAAGGUGGGAUCGUGGGGGUACGCGAGUUACUUCCUUGCUGGAUUGCCAAUGUUACGGAGGUUGGAUCCGAGGUGGGGAUGGGAAAGGGUUGUUAUUGAGGCGGGGGCGUGCUGUUAUGGGGUUAUGGUACUGCUGGAGAUCUGGGGGAAGGUGACGGGGGGGGUUUGAGAUGUCGUUUGUGCUGUAGCCGAAAGCCGCUCAGUCGGUGUCAUUGGUCUGGCCACGGUCAAUCUAAACCUAGCAAGGGGGUUUGCGUUGCUGGAACGGAUCGGGAUGGUUUGUUGGGCGCGUAAACCUCCCAAUCGGGAUCGAUCCUGUUAGUCUCGGCCAGCAUCGCGAGGGAGACGAGGUUUUAGGUGAAAAGGUUUAUUAGAAGAAGUUGUCGUCCUUUAGAAUCACUUCAUGGCUUUCAAUCAAUUCAGUUCUGC